GUUCCAGGUUUCAUCGGUGUCGGUCGUUCGAAAAUUUAUUCAUCGUGAGUCGAUCUAAGUGCUAAGUUUUUCACACAAGACGCGUGCCGUACUUUUCACAUUCGGAUGCAGAUCGAGUGUCAACUCGGAACUAAUUGAUAAUGAGCAAUAACUGCUACUAUCAAAUCAUAAUCGUGGCCGCCGUCGGGAGCAUCUGCCUCGGUCUUGCCACGGUAGCGGAAGCCGUUCGAUACGUUCCCAAGUGGAAGAAACAGGCCUGCGAAAUACCCAACUCCCAGAACGAGUACUCGCACUACGUGUGCGACGACAAUGGGGACGUCAAGUGCCUUCCGGGCUGGACCGGAGACCUUUGCGACGUGCCCAUCUGCAAGAAGGGCUGCGACCCGAUGAAUGGCUACUGUAAACGACCGAACGAGUGCCGUUGCAAGCUUGGCUUCUACGGCGAUAACUGCAACCGCUGUAUUCCGCUGCCCGGUUGCCAGCACGGCGGCUGCCAGGUGUCGUUCGAGUGCGUCUGCCACAAGGGGUGGGACGGUAUCUUCUGUUCGGAACCCAUGUGCCGUGACGACUGUCACCCGUCUCGUGGAUAUUGCGAAUCUCCCGGGGAGUGUCGCUGCCGGCUUGGAUGGGCUGGCCCUACGUGCCGUGAUUGUCAAGUCCUGCCAGGUUGCAUGCACGGGACGUGUACCAAACCUCUGGAAUGCAAGUGCCUACCCGGAUGGACUGGAAUUCUGUGCCAAACUCCCAUUUGUGCCAAGAACUGCAGCCGUGAUCACGGGUAUUGCAGACGUCCCGGAGAGUGCCGUUGCCGGGUGGGAUGGAUGGGUGAAGACUGUGGCAAAUGUCACCCAUAUCCUGGAUGCAAGAACGGUGAUUGCCGCAGACCAUGGGAAUGCAACUGUAAACCAGGUUGGGGAGGAAUGGUGUGUGACGAGGAGUUGAACUACUGUGAGAAAAAUCCGAACACGUGUCAAAAUGAUGGCAAAUGUACCUCUUUGAUAAAGGACGAUGGAAACUUCAAAUGCGAGUGUCCGUCCGGGUACAAAGGCCGGAACUGCGAGAUUUUACCGCCAUCGAUGAUGACUUCUUCGUCGUCUACGACGACAAUGGCCACGACGAGCACAGCGCAGUCGACUACUGACGAGCACGAGCAGAUGACAAGCUUGAGACUACAGUUGGGGAAUGUCACUACGCAGUAUCCAGGUGAAGACUACCUGAACGAAGAAUACAGCUCGGAAGAUGUCGAUAACGAAGCUUGAAACGCGUUCUGUUACAAAUUCUGAUAAAGCAUUUAUUUAUUCAUAUUUAUUUAACUUAUUUAUUAUAACAAAAUAAAUUAUUUAUUAACAAAUCAAAAC